CAACAACUCAAUUCUGCAGCCAGCUUCUCUAUAAACUUCUGCAGCCACUAACAAGGUCAAGCGGACACCAAAGAAAACUCUUCAUUUGUUCGUCAUGGCUAAUCCAAUUCCUGUGCCUCUAUUUGAAAAAGUUUUUCCUAAAAACACAUACCAAAGAGCUAUUGAUGUCACUAUCUUAUUCCUUCUCUUUUGCCUCUUAAUCUAUCGUCUCCUGUCUCUCAACAACCAUGGAGUUGCUUGGUUUCUCGCUUUCAUAUGCGAGUUAUGGUUCGCCAUCAAUUGGGUUAUCAUUGUUUGCACCAGAUGGACUCCUAUGCUGUACAAACCAUUUCCUCAACGCCUCCAGCAAUGGAUGCCGGAACUUCCACCGGUGGAUGUAUUUGUAACAACGGCUGAUCCUGUGCUAGAGCCACCUAUCCUCACAGUGAACACUGUGCUAUCUUUGUUAGCAGUUGAUUAUCCAGCUAACAAACUGGCUUGCUAUGUCUCCGAUGACGGCUGCUCACCUCUAAUCUUCUAUUCUCUAGUUGAAGCCACUCAAUUUGCAAAGCUUUGGGCGCCAUUCUGUAGGAAAUACAAUGUUCAAGUAAGAGCUCCCUUUCGGUACUUCUUGGAUGAGUCUAAACCGUCCAGUGCAAGUUCUAGGGCUUUCCAACAAGAAUGGAAAUAUAUGAAGGAAGAGUAUGAGCAGCUUAGCAGACGCAUAGAGAAUGCAACGCAGCAGCCUUUUCCUAUUGCUUUAACUGGCGAGUUGGCCGUUUUCUCUGAUACUGAGUUGCGAAACCACCCGACAAUUGUCAAGGUCCUAUGGGAGAACAAGGAGGGUCUGACAGAUGGGGUGCCACAUUUAAUUUAUGUAUCGAGAGAGAAGAGGCCAAAGAAUCCCCAUUAUUACAAAGCAGGAGCUAUGAAUGUACUGACUAGAGUGUCCGGGUUGAUGACAAAUGCUCCUUUCAUGCUUAAUCUGGACUGCGACAUGUUUGUCAACAACACUGAGAUCUUUCGACAGGCUAUGUGUCUCAUGCUCGGUUCUAACAGUGAAAAAGACUGCGCAUUUAUUCAGUGUCCACAAUUAUUCUAUGAUAGGCCACAAGACAUGCUGCUCUUGCAAGAAUAUGUGGGGAAAGGAAUAGUGGGAAUUCAGGGACCUUACUACGCAGGUACAGGAUGUUUUCAUAGACGAAAAGUUAUCUAUGGUCUAUGGCCAGAUGAAGUCAAAAAUCAAGGAAAAUUAUCCGAUAAUGCAUUACUGAAAGAAUGUGGAAAUUCAAAGGAGUUUAUCACAUCAGCCGUUCAUGCGUUGAAAGGGAAGAAAGUUGAUUUUCCCCGCAACCCGUCUAAAUCUCUUGAGGCGGCUCUCCAAGUUGCAAGUUGUAGCUAUGAGUACGGCACUGCCUGGGGUAAAAAGUUUGGGUGGAUGUAUGGAUCUCUAGUAGAAGAUAUCUUAACAGGGUUGACCAUCCAUAUAAAAGGGUGGAGAUCAGGAUAUUGCUCACCAGACCCUCCAGCCUUUCUAGGAUGUGCUCCACCUAACGGACCGGCAGUGAUGGUUCAACAGAAGAGAUGGGCAACUGGACUACUUGAAAUAUUUUUCAGCAAACACAAUCCAAUAAUUGGUACUCUCAAAGGCAAGCUCCAAUUCAGGCAGUGCCUGGCGUAUAUGUAUGUCCUUCUGUGGGGCUUCCGUUCCAUUUUUGAGCUUUGUUAUGCCACUCUGCCAGCCUACUGCAUCCUCACCAACUCCAAUUUCUUGCCCAAGGUACAAGACCCGGGUAUAUAUUUUAUUGUGGCUCCUUUUGUGAUGUACCAUCUGUAUACUCUAUCAGAGUUCAUUCGAACUGGUUUCUCAGUUUAUUCUUGGUGGGUUGGCCAAUGUAUGGCAAGAAUUGUGGCAAUGACUGCGUGGUUGUUUGGAGUUAUAAAUGCGAUACUGGAGCUCAUAGGAUUAUCUGAGAUAGUUUUUGAAAUUACAGAGAAAGGUCUAUCGACUUCUGGUGAUGAUGAAGGUAAAUUUGUGUUUGAUGAGUCGCCGGUUUUUGUGUCAGUGACGACGGUUGUGCUGGUGCACCUGAUCGCAUUGGGUAACUGCUUGUUGGGCUCACAACCACUGCCAGGCCUAGCUGAAUUCUUUUGCAGCGUGUUUGUGUUGGUAGCAGUUUGGCCGUUUGUAGAAGGUCUGUUUAGGAAAGGAAAAUAUGGGAUCCCCUUAAACACCAUUUUUAAAUCUGCUGCUCUAGCAUUAUUUUUUGUAUAUUUGUGUAAACUGUAAAAGAAGGUCCUGGGAUUGAGCUGAUAAAUGUUGCUUUUACUCGAUGAAAGAAAUUUGAUGGAAUCAUAAUCGCAUUGCCCUUGUCAUUUGACACCAAAUAUAUGCAUAAAAACUCUCAUAUUUCUUUGAAUUCGUUUUCAUAUUUGUUGAA